GUACAUAUUGGGGAGGAGCACACAUGUACGUGCACUGCAUUCAAGGCGACUGGCGAACUGUGUUUACACAUUGUGUGGAUAUUCUUGAAACGAUUCAGGAUCGACGAGAAUGAUUCAAUUUGUUGGCAGCUGGGGUUAUGUGAGCGAGAAAUCAUAGACUUACUAGAUGGGAAACAUUCCAAGAGAAAUGCCAAUUUGGUGCAAAACAAAUUUGAAGAUUCUCAGGAUCCGGAAAACCAGAAGGAAGGACCGUUAAAGCAGAGGAGAAUUAGUCCGGAUGAUUUGUGUCCAAUCUGUCAAGACGAACUGCUCUCAAAGCAGCGUUUUCCCGUCACAUUUUGUCGCAAAGGAUGUGGAAAUAGCGUGCAUAUUCGUUGCAUGCGUGUCUGGACAGAUCAUCAACGAAAGCAAAAUACAAUAAAUCUCUCGGAAGCUGUCCCAUGUCCGAUUUGCCGCGGGGAAUUCGCUUCAUUAGGAAUAUUGUUACGAGAACUAUCAGAAGACGUUAACGCAAUGACCUCGAAGAACGUACCCACAAAGACGGUGCAACCUGCUACUUCAUCACAACCACAAAAUCUAGUGAUGAAACCUCGCCACCCAGCAACCAAGUGCUUGUCUUGUCAAUGCAGUCCGAUUUUAGGAAAUAUUUACCGCUGUGAAACCUGUCUCGAUGAUCAGAAUGAGGAAAAGGACAUAUAUCUUUGCUCGGUCUGCUUCAAAUCUAAUCAACAUGCUGAUCACGACAGUUUCUCCUAUCGUGAGACUCCCCAAAAGAACUGGACGCGGGUGCCCAAGAACAGAGGAACACCACACAAUUUGCACCACACUUUAGAGCCAAAAUUUGCAUUUAAGGAGAACAUAAGGGGUAAGAUUAACUGGUAUCAAUUCUUUGGUGAAAGUGACACGCUAGCGUCAACCAGUCUAUCAGUUCUUCCGCAAUGGACUGUGAGGCUUCCAAGAAUGACGGGUGGGAAGUGCGGGGGUGUGAAAAAACCGACAGCUGAUCGCGCCAACACAUUUGGCACAUGGCACGAAGAAGCUCAAUUCACUUCGGGAUCUCAUAACGUACGCGGGUUUCUCACUCGAACAGAACAAUGGGGCCCGUUAAAAAUUAGCGGGCUGCUUGCACCUGGACGUCAGUGUCGCAUUUGUCUGAUGGCCUAUCAAGUUGGAGACGUUGUGCGAAGACUCAGUCCAGGAUGUCAGCACAUCUUUCAUGCUGCUUGUAUUGAUCCGUGGUUGCUGCACCGAUCAGCGUCAUGCCCACUAGACGGGACCCCUGUCACACCAAUACCAUUGACUAGCAAGCAAAACACACGUCAGACCGGUCCAAUUCCGAACAGUCGAAGCUCGAGCCUGGCCGGUUUCGGCGAUAUUAGCAUAUACGCAAGUGCUUGUGCAAUACAAUCGAUGAAGCCCUCAAACAAGGCACAGCUUACCGCCCCCGCGCAAAAUGGUGUCUCCCAGCAAAUGAACAACGAACUACAAGUCCAACAGGGAGAAGGACUGAGUAUCGUCGGUCAUACAGUGACCAGCGGCUCACUGGAAUCGAAAUGGCGCUCACACAAAGCUAUACCGGAGGCUAUGGGUGAACUGCCAAGACGCUUGCUUUCCUCCUUUGAUCGCGGGACAUAUAAAUCAGACAGAAAAUACAAUUUAUAGGAUGAUUCGAGGAGCCCUACUAUCCGGUUGAUUUUUACAGGGACCAACUGUGUUAUCACUGUAGCAGGCGAGCCUGUGAGCGGGAGUUCCCCUGAAUGAAGUUGACUUAGCAACAACCUUUUUUCUCUGACUUAUGUUAAACAACUAUGCCACUGUCCACUGCAAGAUGAAAAGGCACCCUCGAUCAAGAACGAACUGUUAAUAGUUCAGGUUGCAGAGGCUUCAUCAGCAAUCAAGAGGACAUCGGCGGUGAGCGCACUGGAUAUUUGGUUGCAAUUGUAUGUAUGAGUUUGAUCACCACAGACUUUCGAAUAUGAACGGUUACUUGGAUGAGCAAUUCAACCGCUCAAAUCGUAAGUAAGCUCACGUUUAUCGCCAUUCCUAUAUGACCAACGACCUAUCGCAUAUAGUUCCC